ACUGAACUUUUUUUCAAUUAUGACUAGUAUACUACCAAAUCAAACUUUAUAUGUUCGAAAUUUAAAUGAAAAAGUUAAUAAAGAUGAAUUAAAAAGAUCUUUAUAUUCCUUAUUUUCGGCAUAUGGACGUAUUCUUGAUAUAGUUGCCUUGAAAACAAUGAAAAUGCGUGGACAAGCUUUCGUUGUUUUUAAAGAAAUUCAAAGUGCCACUUCAGCUAUGAGAGGACUUAAUGGAUUUAACUUUUAUGAUAAACCAAUGAAUAUUGAAUACGCAAAAAGUAAGUCAGAAGCCGUCGCGAAAUUAGAUGGUACAUGGAAAAAACCUGGCAGUGCAGCAGCUGCUGCUUCAGGUGCCAAUGCUCAACGUGCACAGACCUAUGGUCAACCAGUUUCAGCACCUGCACAGAAAAGACAACGUGAAGAAGAAGAUACAACGGAUACUAAGAGAGCCGCAGGUGAUGGAAGAAAUGAAAUAGAAUCUGAAUCACCUGAGAUAGAAACUGAAGUAGAAGAAACUACAUCAGCUACAACUGUGGUUAAAGAAGAAGCGGAACCGAUUAAUAGAAUAUUAUAUAUACAGAAUUUACCACCAGAUGUUACAGAUGAGAUGUUAAGUUACUUAUUCCAACAAUAUCCUGGUUUCAAGGAAGUGCGUCUUGUUCCUGGUAAAUCGGACAUUGCUUUUGUGGAAUAUGAGGCUGAUCAUCAAGCAGCUGUAGCAAAAGAUGUGCUUAACAAAUUUAAGAUUACACAUGAUAAAGAAAUGAAAGUAACAUUUGCGAAGAGAUAAAAAAAAAAAAAUUUCUUAAAAUAAGUUAGGUUCUUUUCUAUAUAACAUUUUCAUUAUUUUCAUUAAUAAUAAUAAUAAAAAAUUAAAUUAGAUAAAAAAAAAAAAAAUUGGUAAUGUUUAUCAUUUUAAGGAUGGAAUGUAUAUUUACCAGCUAUAUUUGUUUAUUUUAUUU